CUUAAGAUUCAAGCAAGAUAUCUUCAUUCAAAACUUCAUUAGCUUAGUUCUUAAGUCAUGCUUGCUAAUUAUAAGUAGAUUUGCUCUUAAUUUUUCGAGUGUAGUCCUUCGGCGCAUAGUGAAAUCCAGGGGCGGUGGAGGACAUGUAUUGUCCGCUCGUUAAGCUCGUUGGCGCCUCCCGGGUCCCGAGAUUAUGAAUGGCACUAAUGCGACCAUAAAGCACUCGUUGAGCAAUUUAAGGGGCCUCCAGAUUGAGCUGCCGGCGUGUGGGCCAUUUGAGCUAUUUUCGCACGAUGCCGCUGCGUUUGCGUCUGAGACGCUCAUGCCUUAAUUGAAAUUAACGCAUUUAGUUAUGGCCGGACUAAAAAUAUCGCUAGCUGCCUGAUGGAUGGACGGUUUUGGAUUCGAAUAGAUUGUGUGUUGAGCAGAGGUAAACUCUGACAGCUGACCCUGCAACUUCUGUCGAUGUUUGGCAGUUGCAGUUGCAGUUGCAGUUUGCAUUCGAGCAUCGCUGCGCGUUCGCUGAAGAGACCCUGAAACUGCUUUUUAAAAUCGGCAUAGCGCCUUUUCUUUGUCUUUGCCGUUCGAAAACAAACUGAUAAGCCCGGUCUUGAUCAAACACUUGGGAACAGAAUCUCCGUCGCUCGCAUAAGCAAUAUCGGUCCGAUCAGCACUCGGUGGCUUCGUGUACGUGCCUGAGCCCCAUAAAAUCACGGCGAAAACUAUUCUCGAAUAUUGGAAACUAGUGACAGGGCAUAAUAACAAGUUUCAGUUGCAUUUUGACGAGCGAUCGCGCCAAACGUAUUCCAUUUCCAAGGAGCAAAGUGAAAGGCAGGAAGCUAAAGCUGUAUUAGCUGCAUUCGCCGCUUCGUUGCAAGCGAAAAACGAUUUCAGUUUGUGAUACAGAUUUCAGUUUAAAGAUACAGCACCGCGAUGAAGAUCCUGAUGCGAGCGGACACCCACGUGUCCUACUCCGUGCCCGCCGAAGGGACCAAGGCCAAUUUUACCUUUUCCCAGGUCUUGGCUGCUCUGAGUGUCUCGCUGUGCUCCUUGGUGGUCGGAUUUGUCAGCGCUUAUACGUCGCCUGCUCUUGUGUCAAUGACCGAUCGAACCAUCACCUCCUUCGAGGUCACAAAAGAUGCUGGUUCCUGGGUUGGUGGCAUCAUGCCGCUGGCUGCAUUAGCAGGUGGCAUAACAGGAGGACCCUUGAUUGAAUAUCUGGGCAGGCGCAACACGAUCCUGGCCACUGCGGUGCCCUUCAUCGUCUCAUCACUGCUGAUUGCCUGUGCUGUGAAUGUGAUCAUGAUUCUGUGCGGACGAUUCCUAACUGGAUUCUGCGUUGGCAUUGCUUCUUUAUCCCUGCCCGUAUAUCUGGGUGAGACUUUGCAGCCGGAGGUGCGAGGAACUUUGGGUUUGCUGCCCACCGCCCUUGGCAACAUAGGCAUCCUGGUCUGCUACGUGGCGGGAUCCUUUAUGAAUUGGUCGAUAUUGGCCUUCUUGGGAGCAGCUCUGCCCGUUCCCUUCCUGAUUUUGAUGAUCAUUAUCCCCGAAACUCCGCGCUGGUUUGUGAACCGUGGUCAGGAAGAGCGUGCCAGGAAGGCUUUAAAAUGGCUGCGUGGCAAGGAGGCGGAUGUGGAGCCCGAACUAAAGGAUUUAAUGCAAUCUCAGGCCGAAGCCGAUAGUCAGGCCACGCGGAAUACCUGUUUGGAGCUGUUUAAGCGCAUCAAUCUGAAGCCACUGUCCAUUUCCUUGGGUCUGAUGUUCUUUCAACAGUUCAGCGGUAUCAACGCGGUUAUCUUCUACACGGUCCAGAUCUUCAAGGAUGCGGGAUCCACAAUUGAUAGCAAUCUUUGCACGAUCAUCGUGGGUAUUGUUAACUUUUUUGCUACGUUUAUGGGCAUCAUUCUGAUUGAUCGGUUGGGCAGAAAGAUUCUUUUAUAUGUCUCCGACAUCGCCAUGAUCCUGACCCUGUCCAUUUUGGGCGGCUUCUUCUACUGCAAGGCGCAUGGUCCGGAUGUGUCCCAUUUGGGUUGGUUGCCACUCUCUUGCUUCGUCAUCUACAUUCUGGGAUUCUCCCUGGGCUUCGGACCCAUUCCCUGGCUGAUGAUGGGCGAGAUUCUGCCAGCCAAGAUUCGAGGACCGGCUGCCUCGGUGGUCACGGCUUUCAACUGGUUCUGCACGUUUGUGGUGACCAAGACCUUCCAGGACCUUACGGUUGCUAUGGGCCCGCAUGGAGCCUUCUGGCUAUUCGGCGUCGUCUGCAUCGUGGGUCUGUUCUUUGUGAUAAUUUAUGUGCCCGAAACGCGGGGCAAGUCGCUGGAGGAAAUCGAGCGAAAGAUGAUGGGCCGUGUGCCCAUAUCCGCGGUGGUCAACAUCAAGCCAUUUUCCUUUAACAUGUAAAUGGCGUGUUGCUAAGGAUCUGAGAUGCGAUCAAACCAAAUGCUAGGGUAGUGUCUUUAGUGCUUAAAUUGUUAUUAUUAAUAAUCAUUAGGUGAAUUUAUCGGCAAGAGCAAUAUACCAAAAUUUCCCUUGAAAAAUACACCAAUUGGAAAUUAAAAUAAUGCUUCGACUAUUUGAAAGUUUCUAGGCACCUACAUGUGUUUAAAAAACAUUUUCUCUUGCGAUUGGCGUAUCUACUAAGAUAGUAUUAACCAAAGACACUAGAAUAUUAAUAUUCUAGUUGCAUAUUGUUACAUAUGUAGGGGCAUUUAUUAUUAUUGCUAUUCAAGAUUCGAGUUUUAAGAUCAGUAGUAUUGCUCACC